AGAAAGGAGGAUCCCUAGUAGAUUGUGGUCCAUUACUUGACAUUAUUCUCUCUUUUGGGAAAGAUUAAUUCCGGUUCUGGAUACAUGGAACUAGCAACACAACACUUCUAUAUCUUGUUUUGUUUAUGUUGUUGGCUAUAUAAUGAAAAAUUGUGUUAAAAAGUUCCAUCUUCUUUGUCAAUGUGUUUCCCAUCAAUUGCAAAACAAAUACAAUGAACUUGCUGGGUGGAUCUGAAGAAAGCAACAAGUGACUUGUUUGGUUUUGUUGAUCCAGUUGGCUAGAAUCCAGAGUUGCUGAACAAUCAAAAUCAAUUAGCUACUUGAUGCUUAACGGUUAUAGUGAACCUGGAAACCUGGGUGUCUCGUUUUAUUUUUGGAGCUGAGCUGGAGGGGACAGAGGGCGCAACAUGUGUUUGUCACUCCGCUCCACUGGGUCGUUGGACAGCAGCCAUGGCUACGCUCCUUGAGACAUGACUGAUUAAUUGAAUUUAAAAUUUGCACUAACACAAAUGUUUGGUCUUAUAAGUAAGCUUCAUAAAAUAAUUUCUGAGCAGAAAAAUGCGAAAACAGUGGUAGACGUGGGCCUACCUCUGUUAAGGAGGCAUCUUUGUCAAGCAAGUGCACAAAGACCUUUUUCACUUUACUAUGCCUCCUAUAUUGUAAUACAAAAAUGUUUUAUCUUCAUUCCUAGUUCUUGUUCUCUAACAACUGAAGCAUCUGAAAAGAUGGGCUUGCUCUGUCAGUACAACAUCAGCAGUUCUUAGAUCUUUUUCUGUAGAGAUGGCUUUUGGUAAACGACCUAAGAAGGCGACACCAGCAAUUGAAUUGAAGAAGCCAAAGAAUAUGCUUCUUCCUGAAAUCAGCCUUGCCUCUGUUGAAUCCUUAUCAGUCCCUCUUGUUCGUACUCUCUUUAUCUUUCUUCAUGUCCAGGAAGUUGUUCUCUCAGCAGAUAUUCGAUGUGCUGAAUGUCAAAAGAGAGUAGCUGAAAUAAUGUCAAGAAUGACCGGGACGGAUUCUGUGUCAGUUAACGUACUGGAGAAGAAGGUGACUGUAACUUGCAGAUAUCCUGGUGUUAAACUACCAUCAAAGCAAGUUGCUGCUGUGUACAGGACUCCUCCCAGCAAAAUUACAAUAUUCAAGCGCAUUUUUCGUUCUGCGUGCAGUUGAUUACUUGUAUAAAUCGAUAUCCUGUGGUUCAGUUCGUGAAAGAAAAUGCCCAAACGCUCCAAAGCUCUUGAUGGCUACUGACAUGGCGGGUCAAGAAAUAGUGGCAUAUCAGUGGCCAUUAAUUUGAUGUUUGAAAUUUCUUUAUCAACAGACAUUAAUUUAGAGGUACCAGUUUGAAAAAAAUAAAACCACAUGUUUUCUUUUUUUUGGUA